AUGGAUUUCUCGGAUCAGCCAGCAUGUAUCGACCUGGUCGACACUAUAUCUCUGCGGUCUACUCGUUUUCUCGUGGAUUACCCUAAUUUCAUGGGUGAUGCCGCCAAGGUUCGCAUGCUCGAGCUUGGUUUAUGUCGAGAUCAUUACCGCGUCCAUGACCCAAGCUUGAUUGGGGACGACGGGAGCGUCCCCGAAGAGCUAUGCAAGCUAAAGGGUGUUCAAAGCUCGCUUGCCCGAAUAAUACUCGCCAUCCCGUUUGGCGUCCUAGCUGACAAAUGGGGAAGGAAGUUGAUCUGCAGUAUUGGAAUAUUGGGCGUUAUACUACACGACACGUGGUAUUUCGUCUCGCUUUACUUUUACAAAGCUUUCCCGACCAACGCUGUGUAUGGUGCUCCGGCGUUCAUCCUCUUGGGCGGUGGCUCGGUCGUUGUGCCUGCGAUGAUUAUGGCAAUGCUCACGCAUGCAAGCACUGAUGAGUUCAGAACUGUGGCUUUUUUCUAUUUCAGCGUCACGAUCAUGGUCUCGGAGUUGAUAGGUCCUGCCAUCGGCUCGAUCCUGACGGCGGCUAUCGGACCCCAUCUCGCGUUUCUAGCCACCAUUCCCUCCUACUUCCUAAGCCUCGUUGUCAUGUACUUUAUCAAAGACGAGGAGCCUCAGGCUACCGAUGCCUGUGGACUAGAACAGGGCGAGGGCAACGGACUCUUGGACGCUGACUACGCGAGCAGUUCUACAGCACGGAGUAGCCGAGAUUACCAAUCUUCUAGUCGCGGCGCAUCCCCGAACAGAAAACACUCAAUGAUGGAGGCUGUACGAUUCCUCCGAGACGAUGUAUGGGGCCUAUUGCUCCGUGCUAGUGUUCUGACCGGCUUGUUGUCUCUCAUGGUCCAUCGCGUCUACCGGCCCCUCUUGGAGGUGACGAUACAGUACGUGUCUGUUAGGUUUGGCUGGAAGCUGAGAACGGCAAACAUCUUACUCUCUACUCAAGCUGGGGUGCAAAUUCCGGUUCUCCUCUUCAUCAUGCCUCUGCUCUACCGAUUCCUGCUGCGGCGGAAGGGCAGCACAUUUUCGGCAAACCUUGCCCAGGCUAGUUACUGCCUUGUUCUCCUCAUCCUUGGGACACUAGGAAUGGCUCUGGCACCUGUUGUGCCACUGUUCAUCACUUCCUUUAUCGUGUACACCCUAGGAAACGCCUACUCUGCAAUCCUAAGGUCUCUUCUCGCCUCGCUUGUCCCGCAAGAGAAUUUUGGACUCUUUUGGCGACACUCGGCGCUUGUUUACUCGGCGCUUCUCACAGCGUGCGCCCGGUUUGCCACUGCAGCCGACUGCCCGACCGAGAACCCGUUUGUGAUCCUAAGCCAAUCCGACGCCGACAAGCUUUCCGAAUGCGGCUAUUUCAAGGGCAGCAUUAAUGUCGCGGCCGAGGCGACGGGCGAGAUCGUGCUCAAGGGAGUCAACAGCAUCGGCGGUGACUGGACUGUUGGCUCGCUGAAACGGGACCCAGCCACGGCGAACCUCGAGUCGAUUUCGGCACCAGAUCUUCGCACGAUCGAGGGCGUUUUUGAAGUGGAAGGCCAUCAAAAUCUGAAGCGCCUGGACUUUCCGGAGCUGACGAGGGUCCUGGGCCGCUUUGAAGUCCGGAGAGUGCCUGAGCUCACGGAGCUCAAGGUGCCGGCGUUGGCCUCGGUCCAGACUGGCUUCUACAUCGUGGAUGCGCCGAAACUGUCUACCUUUGUACUUCCCAAGACAGACGACAGCUCUACUAGUCGGCCGGUGCCCCUUUGCGACAUUCCCAACGUCGAUAGCCUCUCAGUGUCUCUGAGCGAUGUCUUUGAGUUUACGGUUGCGGGGAAUGGGAAGCUGGAAUUGACCAUUGAGCAAUUGGGUUCCUCGCAAGGGGGCGCGAGCGUCAACAUCACCGGGGUGGGCGCGGUGGAGAAUGCAUGUUCGGUGUGGCUCGCGAGAGAGGUUAUUUUCGAAAACAACGCGGCCGAGAUUUUUCCAUUUUCCGUCAGCGGGCUCCGAAAGCUGACGAUCCAGAACAAUCCCAACUUGCGGCUGGCGGUGCCAGGAAAGCCGCUCGAAUGGGAGCUUACUAGCAUCAUUGUCAAGGAUAAUCCCAAGCUCAAACUUGCCCAAGAGGUGGAUGAUCCCAUUGUAGAGACCUGCGAUGGACGAUUCAAACCGGCAUCCUUCUACCCAGAAACAUGGGUGUUUGAUUGGGAAUUUCUUCAACAUCUCGAGCUCAGUGCUGAUAUUGAUCCUAAAUUCCUGGUUCAUCUCACCGAUGAUGCAUUCAACAGCGACGACGGGACGCAGGUGUACACGGACAUCGACAUCCAAUCGAGCAACGCCGAGUUCAACUGCAGCAGCCUUGAUUAUCUUCGUUCCGAAAAGCGCUUCCUCGGUGGCGACUACUCUUGUCAAAACAAGACAGUCGACCUUGCAGACUUGGAUGAAUCGGCAGCCGGCUCAACAGCGCCGCAUCUCGCACACGUUGCGCUGGCUCUCGUGUCUCUUGCUGUUGCCUCGAUGUUUGGGGGAUUAUUGUGA